AUGGAGGCUGGCAAGAACCCAUACAAUGGACGGGUGUUGAGUCCCCGCUACUACACGUUGUUGCGUGGGCGCGAGAAGUUGCCGGUGUUUGCUGCAAAGGAUAAAAUUCAGCGACUUGUGGCGCGUUACCAGACACUUCUUCUGGUGGGAGAAACAGGGAGCGGUAAGACGACGCAGGUGCCACAGUUUGUUCUGGAGAUGAACCCUGAACAUGCAAUUGCGUGCACGCAGCCGCGUCGUGUGGCGGCCACCAGCGUCAGUGAGCGUGUGGCGGAGGAGUUGGAUGUCACGCUCGGUGAGGAGGUUGGGUACACCAUUCGAUUUGAUGACAUGAGCAGCGAGAGGACGCGGCUAAAGUACUUGACGGAUGGCAUGCUGCUUCGGGAGGCCAUGAGCGACCCACUGCUGCGGCGGUACAGUGUCAUCAUCCUCGACGAGGCCCAUGAGCGUACGGUCCACACAGAUGUGUUGAUUGGUGUCGUGAAGGAGUUGUUGCCGCGGCGACCGGAAUUACGCGUCGUUGUGAUGUCCGCAACGUUGGAGGAGCGGCGCUUUCAAGUGUACUUUCCGGAGGCACCCCUGGUGCACAUUGCCGGCCGUAUGUUUGGUGUGGAGGUGUACUUCUCGCGAUCGCCCGAGGCAAACUACGUGGAGGCGGCGAUACGCACGGCGACGCAGAUUCACCUGUACGAGGGUGAGGGCGAUAUUCUCAUUUUUCUCACCGGCGAGGACGAGAUUGAGCAGACGGUGGAGCGACUGCAGAAAGGGAUUUGUAUGGCGGAGCACAGCAGCGCGGACUGCCAUAAGGGGCCUGUCGUGGUUCUCCCGUUGUACUCCGCCCUCCCGCCCCAGCAGCAGCGGAAGGUCUUUCAGAAGGUCCCGCCCGGCACACGGAAGAUUGUCGUGGCAACGAACGUGGCGGAGACAUCCCUCACCAUCGACGGUGUCGUCUUUGUCGUCGACAGUGGCUUCUCCAAGCAGAAGGUGUUUAACCCAAAGUUGCGUGUCGAGUCCCUUUUGGUGACACCGAUCAGUCAAGCGAGCGCACGGCAGCGCUGCGGUCGUGCCGGUCGUACCAAGCCGGGGAAGUGUUUCCGCCUCUACACCACCAAAGCGUUUGACACACUUCUGCAGCCGCAGACGUACCCUGAAAUUCUGCGCUGUAACUUGGGUUCCGUUGUUUUGCACAUGAAGAUGAUGGGUGUGGAAGACCUGGUGAACUUUGACUUUGUGGAACCACCGGCCCCGGAAACGCUCAUGCGGGCGCUGGAGCUUUUGAAUUAUUUAGGCGCCAUUAAUGACGACGGAGACAUCACGGAAAUUGGCCGCCGGAUGGCAGAGUUUCCGUUAGAACCUGAGAUGGCGGCGAUGUUGCUACAUAGCCCCGAGUAUGGCUGUUCAGACGAUAUUGCACGUAUUUGCGCGAUGCUAUCCGUCCAAAGUCCCUUUGUGACCCCCACCAACGACCAACGAGGGCGUGCAAUGCGGUGCCGGGAGCAGUUUAGCCACCCAACAGGGGACCAUGUCGCAUUUUUGAACGCCUUUAAUGCAUUUUACGACGCCAAUAACAAAAGUGCAGCAUGGGCAUCGGAAAACUACCUCAAUCCACGUGUCAUGAGGCAGGCCGUCAGCAUUUACCGGCAGCUGCUUGGCGUUAUGCGUCGACUGGGCCGCGAUGUUUGCAGCACAUAUUCCCGUCCACCGACUCGAGCCCCGAGAGAAACUGACGUCAAGGAUGAGUUCGCAAAUGAGAUACGCCGCGCCAUUCUUCGCGGGUACUUCACCAAAGUUGCCCUCUCGCUGCCAACCAAGAAUCAAUUUAUGACGCUGAAGGACGAUGUCAAGUGUCUUCUAUUCCCUUCCACGUUUCUUAACCGCCGUCCAAAGUUCGUCGUGUUUAACGAGCUUGUACUCACCAGUAAUAAUUACAUCCGCACCGUGACGGCAGUGGCCGACGAGUGGCUGCUGGAGGCAAGCCCGGCUUAUUUUGCGCGGGAGGAGUUCGACGGGGUCAGCAGGCAGGUGUUUGAAGAGUUGCACCGCCGUCAUCAUCGUCAUGCAGAGAACCGUGGCGGGUGCAGCGAGAAGCGUCACCGUACCUUUGACGACGACGACGACUCCGAGUCAUCGUAG